AUGGCGACGGAUCGCAUGGGAGCGGCUGAAGACGAGGACGACGACGACUAUUCGGCCAGCGUGUCGCAGAUCCUGGAGCGCCAGGGCUCGCGGCGCGGCUCGCGCCGCCUGCACCGCCAGCCGGCGCUGCGGCCCCGCGUCGGGGAUGUGGUGUUGGAAGUUGACGAAUCGGACAACGAAGAGCAGAUAUUUGAAAACAUCCGACUGCACAAGGAAGUUAUUGGCGAAAUCAAGCACCAGCCAUGGCCAAUGCAAAGGAAACUGAAUCUGGUGAUUCAGGCCAAGAUCUACGUGGCGAAGCACGAGGGCGAGCUGGCUGAGCGGCUGGCGCAGAGCCGCUCGGCGCGAGACAUCAUGGCGCGCUACUCGCUCGUCUUCCUGCGCUACUGGCAGCUGUUCCAGCGUGAGUUCGCCAACUGGAUGACCUCAGCCGUGCCGUGGCAGAAGCAGAUCAAGCGGAUCGAGUCCCACUUCGGCACGGCCGUGGCCUCCUACUUCACCUUCCUUCGAUGGAUCCUGCUCAUGAACAUCGGCAUCAGUGUUCUUCUUGUCUGUUUCGUCAUCAUUCCAGAGGUGGGAUGGUCCGAGGCCUCUGCUCUCUGGUUCACUCGCAUUCGCCAUUUUAGAAAGGAGCUGUUGGAGGUGGAAAAGAAGCACGCCUAUGAUCUGAAGACUAUGUGGGACUUUGAGGGAAUUCUGAAGUAUUCUCCCCUGUUCUACGGCUACUACAACAACAAAGACAAAACCUCAGCCGGCUAUCGCAUCCCUUUUGCGUACUUUUUAGCUGGAAUGCUGGUUUAUGCGUUCAGUUUUAUCGUCAUACUGAAAAAGAUGGCGGAGAACUCGCGGAUGAGCAAGAUGUCGUCCAAAGAGGACGACUGCACGUUCACUUGGAAGCUGUUCACCGGCUGGGAUUUCAUGAUUGGACACGCCGAAACAGCAUUGAACAAGGUGGCAGCAAUCAACAUGGGUUUCCGCGAGUCGUUGUUGGAGGAGCGGGAGCGCGCCAAGGAGGAGAUCAGCUGGCGCACGAUCGCUCUGCGCGUGCUGGCCAACUUCAGCGUGCUACUGCUGCUGGUGGGCUCGGCGUAUGCCGUGAUCCUGCUGGUGAAGCGGUCCACCGAACCGGACGCCACCUCGUGGUACCGCCAGAACGAGCUGACGCUCACUAUGACGCUCAUCUCCAACGUGUUUCCGACGCUGUUCGACAAGCUGGGCCUGCUGGAGGGCUACCACCCGCGUCAGCAGCUGCGCAUCCAGCUCGCACGCAUCAUGGCGCUGAACCUGUUGAACCUGUACACUCUCAUCUUCGCCCUCUUCGGCCGCGUCGACGAUAUCACAAAAGAACUCACAGUUUUAAAGCCCAACUUCACAACCACGCCGUCACCGUUUUUAAUCCCACCUGAGGAGCUCAUGCUGUACAACGAGACGGACUUCACCAACAGCACGCAGCAUCCUUGCUACAGCAUAGUCAUCAACUGCAGCUCCUCUGAGCCGGAGCGGCGGAAUGAUGACUUUCUGGGCGUCAACCCGACGACAGACUUCCCGACCGGAGGCCUGGGCGUCGAGGACGAACCUCUUGCUACCGUCUCCACCCCGCUCUCCACGGAGCACGAGGCGUUCAGGGGCGGCACCAGGCCAUCCCCAGACGGCGCCGGCGGCGAGUACGACUCGAGCACACCCGGUGAGGUGACAGAAUACACUGCGCCGGACACCCAGCAGCCGCUGAGUGGUGGCGAGGAGGCGGAGCUCGCGGCGAUGGUCACACAGUCGGGGGAAGUGCUGGAUGAGGACAGUGACUACGGGACGUCCGGCACCGAGGCCACUAUUCCGCCGGAGAUGGUGCUGCCACAGACGGCAGUCGUGCCGGAUUUCGUCCAGCGGGCUGGUCCACUGAUGCCGUCGGCGCGUCGGUCCAUGCAACAGAUGGCGGUAGUGAAAGUCACAGCAGAUGACACCACUUCCCAAACGACAGAUGGCAGUGGUGUCUCAUCGACACCGGCUUUGCGAUCGACCGGAACAGACGGCGCCACUUUCGAAGUGACGGGUGGCACUGGAAUGUCCUCCAUGACCGACGACAGCGCCGAGACGUUGGGCGGUAGCGAUGCCACUUCGACCCAGACUGGUCAAUCAACACUUCCGGAGGAUGGCACCAGCGAAACAACAGAUGACAGCAGCGUUAUCGCGACCCAAACUCAGCUAUCAAGCGAUGCCAAGACACAGUCUGCAACGAUCCCUGAACGGCCAAAUGUAAAUAUCACCUUCACCAGACCGGACCGAACUCAGACGGAAACGAACAUGCCGUUCCCAGCGUAUGACACUGCAGACAGUCCUACGGUAAACUCAGCGGGCACGGAAACGUCCCGAAUCUCGGCAGAGGCGGGAGUGACCAGGAGCAGCAGCAUUUCCCCUCCGAACGGCACCGUGGAGUCCGACGCACGCCGACGUCCAAUCACGGAGAGCUUUGACAAUGUGCUAACGCGGUCUGAGCCUCUUCCGAUGACUCCGCCACCUGCGUCGGAAGUAAACGGGACCCUCCAGCCUCGGCAACACACCGUUGGUGAUCGGUCCGAGGUUCAGGUCACGGAUGUCCCCCGGGCGUUCAGCAACGAUAGCACCUUUGGCUAUGAUCCUAACAACAGCACAUCCGAGGACAUGGUCACGGUGGUGAUCUUCGACAUGGAGGAAUGCUACGACUUCGUCUGCAACUCGAACAGGAGCAACUUAACGCAAAUGUCGACCGAAUACCCCGAGGAAUCGGAGGAUAGCGACGAUACUCCGAAAGACGUCGCGCUGGUGCGGGAGACGUCCAAGCUGUUCAACAGCUCGGUCCGGCUGCGGCUGCGGAAGCUCUGCUGGGAGACCAUGUACGGCCAGGAGCUGGUGAAGCUCAUCAUCAUGGACACGGUGUGGACCGUGGCGUCCGUGGUUGGCAUGGAGUUCUUCCGCGCCGUGUUCGUGCGAGUCAUGAACAACUGCUGGUGCUGGGACCUGGAGAGGACGGCGCCCAAGUACGCCGACUUCUCCAUCGCUGAGAAUAUUCUGCACCUGGUCAACAACCAGGGCAUGAUCUGGAUGGGCAUGUUCUUCGCGCCCGGUCUGCCAGCCAUCAACGCUGUCAAGCUGGUGAUCCUGAUGUACGUCCGCUCCUGGGGCGUGCUCACCUCGAACGUGCCGCACGAGGUCAUCUUCAGGGCCUCCAGAUCGAACAACUUCUACUUCGCGCUGCUGCUGAUCAUGCUGUUCCUGUGCACGCUGCCGGUGGGGUACGCCAUCGUGUGGCUGGAGCCCAGCUGGCACUGCGGCCCCUUCAGCGAGUAUCUGCGCGCCUACAAGAUCUUCACCAACGGCCUGCAGAGGGCACUACCCGACAGUCUUAACAAGAUCCUGGACUACAUCUCAUCACCGGCGAUCGUGAUCCCGCUGCUGGUGCUGCUCGUGCUGGUGAUCUUCUACCAGUUCUCGCUGGCCGGCUCCCUGCGCGAGUCCAACAACGACCUGCGCCUGCAGCUGCGCCGCGAGCGCACCGAGGAGCGGCGCAAGAUGUUCAAGAUGGCCGACGCCAAGACCAAGGAGCCCGAGAAGCCGGUGCACCGGCGCCGGCAGAGGAUCGCCUCCCAGCGCUCGGACCCCAGCCAGGCGGGGCAUUCACCGGCGCCGACGGUCGCCGCGCCUGUCGAGCCGAGACGCGACCCUCGGCCGCCGACCAAAGCCAAGCGCGGCCGCGACAAGCUCUCGGCCAAGCCGGAGAAGGCGGCCAAGGGGAGCAAGGGGCGCGCCAAGUCGCGCAGCAUGGAGAGCAGCCAGAAUGGCGCGGCGGCGAAACGCGACUCGACCGCCUCGUCCAUGUCCGUGCCCGUGAUCCGCAUCAGCAAGGAGGACUCGGUCGAGCUGGCCGACGAGCCGAUUCCGCAGGACUCGCUGCGCAGGGCCGAGCCCCAGGAGGCGCCUGCCAAAGCCAGAGCCGGCCAGGACAAGAAGAGAAGCAGCGACAAAUAAUAGGGGCGGCAGGCCGACGCCUCUUCGCGGCCAGUGACCCCGGCCAGCCUGCUCGGCCGACCUUGUCUGUCGCACAUCGACUCGGAGGGGUCCGACUCGUGUGACUCGUCCCCCAUCAGCUCACUGGGCUCACUCGACUACUGAUCACGUGACGCCCAGCACGGCCACGCCGGUCGCCGCCGACGCAGUCACGUGGUGCAGGACCGCACACCCAAGGCCGUGCGUUCGCACGAUUUUCGACCGCGUCCAGAGCGUUGGUGGGCGAUCAGACGCGCUCGCCUCUCGACGGGGCGGAAUCGGUGGACUCUGCGCGUCCCUUCUGGCGUGUUUCGGUCGCGGAAUCCUUGAGGGACGUCAUGCUCUCGCUGUUGUAAGUGUUCAGCUUCAGUUAGUGCAAGCUGCGGUCAUCUCUCGCUUCUGGCAUGCGUGGUGUUACGUCCUGCGGCGGGAGGAUGCGGAAGACACGUUGUGUUUGACCUCCCCGCUGAUCUGAUGUGGUUCUCAUUACGGCGUUUACUGUAUUUAGCUAACGGUUAUCUCGCCAGCUAGCUGUCACCAGUUGGGCAAUACGUAAGCCAAGCACGGCGCCAAACAAACGAUCAUCCUUGGAUGACAAAAUUACAGAAGAACGGAAGCAAUAUGUGAGUUGUUCGUUUUGCCCUUAUCAUGUCAUCAAAUUGGAUACAACC